CGGUGGGGGAUUCAGGGCCAGCGCCAAUGUCCUUGUCGCCGCCCGAAGCGCGGGCUGGGAGCUGCGGCUUCCCUUCCCCCGCCUCUUCGAAGAACAAAGAGGCGAAUUCAGAGGUGCUGCUCCCUGCGAAGCUUUUCAGGGUCCUCAGAAAAGACUCCUUAGCUGCGGCGCGACCCCUGGCCUGUGUGGGUGGAGGUCGCCACGAGCGGGAUAAACAGGUGACCCUGCCCUCUCUGGGACAAGCACAGCUGCUGAAUUACCGACAAACUCCACAGAAAUGGCCGGGGCCUCUGUGAAGGUGGCGGUGCGUGUCCGCCCCUUCAACUCUCGUGAAAUGAGCCGGGACUCCAAGUGCAUCAUUCAGAUGUCAGGCAGCACCACGACGAUCGUCAACCCCAAACAGCCCAAGGAGACACCCAAGAGCUUCAGCUUCGAUUACUCCUACUGGUCACACACCUCGCCCGAAGACAUCAACUAUGCCUCUCAGAAGCAGGUCUACAGGGACAUCGGGGAAGAGAUGCUACAGCAUGCCUUCGAGGGCUACAAUGUGUGCAUCUUUGCCUAUGGGCAGACAGGGGCUGGCAAGUCCUACACUAUGAUGGGCAAGCAAGAGAAGGACCAACAAGGCAUCAUCCCACAGCUCUGUGAAGACCUCUUCUCUCGAAUCAAUGACACGACCAAUGACAACAUGUCCUACUCUGUAGAGGUCAGCUACAUGGAGAUUUACUGUGAAAGGGUUCGGGACCUCUUGAACCCCAAGAACAAAGGCAACCUGCGUGUGAGGGAGCACCCUCUGCUGGGGCCCUAUGUGGAGGACCUCUCCAAGCUGGCUGUAACCUCCUACAAUGACAUCCAGGACCUCAUGGACUCAGGGAACAAGGCCAGGACUGUGGCGGCCACAAACAUGAAUGAGACCAGCAGCCGUUCCCACGCUGUCUUCAACAUCAUCUUCACCCAGAAGCGCCAUGAUGCAGAGACCAACAUUACCACAGAGAAAGUGAGCAAAAUCAGCCUGGUGGACCUGGCUGGCAGUGAACGAGCUGACUCCACAGGCGCCAAGGGCACACGACUCAAGGAGGGAGCCAACAUCAACAAGUCUUUGACCACCCUGGGAAAGGUCAUCUCUGCUCUGGCUGAAAUGGACUCUGGCCCCAACAAGAACAAGAAAAAGAAGAAGACAGAUUUCAUCCCUUACCGAGACUCCGUCUUGACCUGGCUUCUCCGGGAAAACUUGGGUGGCAACUCUAGGACAGCCAUGGUAGCAGCCCUGAGCCCUGCAGACAUCAACUAUGACGAGACCCUCAGCACACUGAGAUAUGCAGACCGGGCCAAACAGAUCCGCUGUAAUGCCAUUAUCAAUGAAGACCCUAACAAUAAGCUGAUUCGAGAACUGAAGGACGAGGUGACCAGGCUACGAGACCUGCUGUAUGCCCAAGGUCUUGGCGAUAUCACUGACACCAACACUGUGCCCGGAGGACCCAAAUUGACCAAUGCCCUGGUGGGCAUGAGCCCGUCAUCUUCGCUCUCAGCCUUGUCCAGUCGUGCGGCCUCUGUGUCCAGUCUCCACGAGCGCAUCUUGUUUGCUCCAGGCAGUGAGGAGGCUAUUGAAAGGCUGAAGGAAACAGAGAAGAUCAUUGCAGAGCUCAACGAGACCUGGGAGGAGAAGCUGCGGCGGACAGAAGCCAUCCGGAUGGAGAGGGAAGCCUUGUUGGCUGAGAUGGGUGUGGCCAUGAGAGAAGAUGGCGGCACCUUGGGUGUGUUCUCUCCCAAAAAGACACCUCAUCUUGUUAACCUGAACGAGGAUCCUUUGAUGUCUGAAUGCCUCCUCUACUACAUCAAAGAUGGGGUCACCAGAGUGGGCAGAGAAGAUGCAGAGAGGCGGCAAGACAUUGUCCUGAGUGGGCACUUCAUCAAGGAGGAGCACUGCGUCUUCCGGAGCGACUCCCGAGGCGGUGGAGAAGCCGUGGUGACCCUGGAGCCCUGUGAAGGAGCAGACACAUAUGUCAAUGGCAAGAAAGUCACUGAGCCCAGCAUCCUGCGGUCAGGAAACCGCAUCAUCAUGGGAAAAAGCCACGUGUUCCGGUUUAACCACCCUGAGCAGGCCCGCCAGGAGCGUGAGCGAACACCCUGUGCAGAGACACCCGCUGAGCCAGUGGACUGGGCCUUUGCCCAGCGUGAACUGCUGGAGAAGCAGGGCAUCGACAUGAAGCAGGAGAUGGAACAGAGGCUCCAGGAGCUGGAGGACCAGUACCGGCGGGAGCGGGAAGAGGCCACAUACCUGCUGGAACAGCAGAGGCUGGACUAUGAGAGUAAGCUGGAAGCCUUACAGAAGCAGAUGGACUCCAGAUACUACCCAGAGGUGAAUGAGGAGGAGGAAGAGCCAGAGGAUGAAGUCCAGUGGACAGAGCGGGAGUGUGAGCUGGCAUUGUGGGCCUUCCGGAAAUGGAAGUGGUACCAAUUUACUUCUCUACGGGACCUGCUGUGGGGCAACGCCAUCUUUCUGAAGGAGGCCAACGCCAUCAGUGUGGAGCUAAAGAAGAAGGUCCAGUUCCAGUUCGUGCUCCUCACAGACACACUGUACUCCCCACUGCCGCCAGACCUACUGCCUCCAGAAGCUGCCAAGGACCGAGAGACACGGCCCUUCCCCAGAACCAUUGUGGCCGUGGAAGUCCAGGACCAGAAGAACGGGGCCACCCACUACUGGACACUAGAGAAACUCAGGCAACGCCUGGAUCUGAUGCGGGAGAUGUAUGACAGGGCUGCAGAGGUGCCCUCCAGCGUCGUUGAGGACUGUGACAACGUGGUGACCGGCGGAGACCCCUUCUAUGACCGCUUUCCCUGGUUCCGGCUUGUGGGCAGUUCAGUCAUCUCUGGCUGCAACAGCUACCCUCUUCUCAACACAUGCAUGAGCGAGCGCAUGGCUGCUCUCACCCCCUCCCCCACCUCCUCAAGCCCCGACUCCGACAGCACCGAGCCUGCCGAGGAGCAGAGCGUGGGGGAGGAGGAGGAGGAGGACCUGGAGGACGACGUCUUUCCGGAGCACACGCUGUGCGACGGCCGGGACCCGUUUUACGACCGGCCCCCCCUGUUCAGUUUAGUAGGAAGGGCCUUCGUGUACCUGAGCAACCUGCUGUACCCUGUGCCCCUUGUACAUCGUGUGGCGAUCGUCAGCGAAAAGGGAGAAGUGAAGGGGUUCCUCCGCGUGGCCGUGCAGGCCAUCUCAGCUGAUGAAGAGGCUCCAGAUUAUGGCUCAGGUGUCCGUCAGUCAGGAACCGCUAAAAUCUCCUUUGAUGACCAGCAUUUUGAAAAGUUUCAGUCUGAGUCCUGCCCUGUGGUGGGGAUGUCCCGCUCAGGAACCUCCCAGGAGGAACUGCGCAUUGUAGAAGGCCAGGGUCAGGGUACUGAUGCUGGGCCGUCAGCCGACGAGGUCAACAACAACACUUGCUCAGCUGUGCCUCCUGAAGGCCUCCGAGACAGCCCUGAGAAGGCUGCCCUGGAUGGGCCCCUGGACACCGCUCUGGACCACCUCCGUCUGGGCAGCACCUUUACCUUCCGUGUGACAGUCCUGCAGGCGUCCAGCAUCUCUGCUGAAUAUGCUGACAUCUUCUGCCAGUUCAACUUUAUCCACCGCCAUGAUGAGGCCUUCUCCACUGAGCCACUGAAGAACACCGGCAGGGGACCCCCUCUUGGCUUUUACCAUGUCCAAAAUAUUGCGGUAGAGGUGACCAAGUCCUUCAUCGAAUACAUCAAGAGCCAGCCCAUCGUGUUUGAGGUCUUCGGCCACUACCAGCAGCACCCAUUCCCACCUCUGUGCAAGGAUGUGCUCAGCCCCCUGAGGCCCUCACGUCGCCACUUCCCCAGGGUCAUGCCGCUAUCCAAGCCAGUGCCUGCCACUAAGCUCAGCACGAUGACACGACCCUCCCCAGGUCCCUGCCAUUGCAAAUAUGACCUGCUGGUCUACUUUGAGAUCUGUGAGCUGGAAGCCAAUGGCGACUACAUCCCUGCUGUGGUUGACCACCGUGGAGGCAUGCCAUGCAUGGGGACGUUCCUUCUCCACCAGGGCAUCCAGAGACGAAUAACCGUGACAUUGUUGCACGAGACAGGAAGCCACAUCCGCUGGAAGGAAGUGCGAGAGCUGGUUGUGGGUCGCAUCAGAAACACUCCAGAAACUGACGAAUCUCUGAUUGACCCCAACAUCUUGUCCCUCAACAUUCUCUCGUCAGGAUACGUCCACCCAGCCCAGGAUGACCGGCAGUUUCUUGAUUCGGACAUACCUAGGACCUUCUACCAGUUUGAAGCAGCCUGGGACAGCUCCAUGCAUAACUCCCUCCUGCUGAAUCGUGUCACCCCUUACCGGGAGAAAAUCUACAUGACCCUCUCCGCCUACAUUGAGAUGGAGAACUGCACCCAGCCAGCUGUCAUCACCAAGGACUUCUGCAUGGUUUUCUACUCCCGUGACGCCAAGCUGCCUGCCUCACGCUCCAUCCGCAACUUGUUUGGCAGUGGGAGCCUGCGGGCCACAGAAGGCAACCGUGUGACUGGUGUGUAUGAGCUCAGCCUUUGCCACGUGGCCGAUGCAGGUAGCCCAGGGAUGCAGCGCCGGCGCCGGCGGGUGUUGGACACAUCAGUAGCCUACGUCCGGGGUGAGGAGAACCUGGCUGGCUGGAGGCCCCGGAGUGACAGCCUGAUCCUGGACCACCAGUGGGAGCUGGAGAAACUGAGCCUCCUACAGGAGGUGGAAAAGACACGGCACUACCUGCUCCUGCGGGAGAAGCUGGAGACCACCCAGCGGCCUGGCCCUGAGGCACUGUCCCCAGUCUCCAGCGAGGACUCUGAGUCACGGAGCUCCUCAGGUGCCUCUUCCCCAUUGUCAGCAGAGGGUCAACCAUCACCUCUGGAGACUCCAAACGAGAGGCAGAGGGAGCUGGCUGUCAAGUGCUUACGACUCCUCAUGCACACAUUCAACAGAGAGUACACCCACAGCCACGUCUGUAUCAGCGCAAGUGAGAGCAAGCUGUCUGAGAUGUCUGUCACUCUGGUGCGGGACCCACCCAUGUCCCCUCUGGGGGCAGCCACACUCACUCCCUCCUCCACGUGCCCCUCUCUGAUCGAAGGACGCUAUGGCGCCACUGAUGUGAGGACCCCCCAGCCUUGCUCCCGGCCUGCUAGCCCAGAGCCCGAGCUCCUGCCAGAACUUGACUCCAAGAAAACCCCCUCUCCUGCUCGGGCAACAGAGGCGGACAAGGAGCCCCAGCGCCUUCUGGUCCCCGACAUCCAAGAGAUCCGAGUCAGCCCAAUCGUCUCCAAGAAGGGGUACUUGCACUUCCUGGAGCCACACACAGCUGGCUGGGCCAAGCGCUUCGUGGUAGUGAGGCGUCCCUAUGCCUACAUGUACAACAGUGACAAGGACACCGUGGAGAGAUUUGUGCUCAACCUCUCCACUGCCCAGGUGGAGUACAGCGAGGACCAGCAGGCGAUGCUCAAGACCCCCAACACGUUCGCUGUAUGCACUGAGCACCGAGGCAUCCUGCUGCAGGCCAACAGUGACAAGGACAUGCAUGACUGGCUGUAUGCCUUCAACCCGCUCCUGGCUGGAACCAUUCGGUCCAAGCUCUCCCGAAGGAGAUCUGCGCAGAUGCGGGUCUGAGCGGAAAGCCUUCCUGACGGACAUCCAGUGGCCCAGACCACUCCCCCUGUCCUUGCCAUCUGUCCUGUCAUCUGCCACUCAGCCCUUCCCCCACCAGGGGACACCUGUGCUGGGCCCAGCAACGGAGGCCUAUACCACACGACAAAUUGUGCCCCCAGAGGUUGUGCGCAUUGUUGUUUCUUCCAAAAUUGCUCUGAUGAGAAGUUUGGAAUGCCAGGAAGGUCAAAGGGUACAGGACCCAGGGUAUUGCCGCUGUUCUAAUAUUUUUUUAAGCAUAGACAGACUUAUAAUUAAUAUACAUUAGUUAGUGGUGUUGAAACAGUCCUCUGAGACAUUAACUAUAAGACUGUGUUCUGUUUAUAAGUAUUUAUUUCUAAUGCCUCCAGGUAGGGCUGUAAGGUUCAUGUGGAGCCUUCCCCCCCCCCAUGCCCUGCCCCUCCCUCAGCCUGGCCCUGUUGGUUCCCACAUAUGUCUCCAGCCUGCUAGGGGCAGAGUGGGGGUUAGGGGUGUGAGCAAGCCACCGCUCCUCAUGGUGGCAUAGGGAAGCUCCACCCUGGCCAGUGUUGUCUGAGCUCCACUUAGCAGGGUCUGUGUGUGAGGGGUCUGGAAAUCCUGAGACUUUGGCGGCUCAGAAGGUGGCAUGUACUACUUCUGCGGGAACGGUCCCCAAGGGGGGGCGCUGAGGGUGGUGCGGGCAGCUUCCCCCGGGAGUGAGGAGGGUCGGGGAGGUAUGCGGCAGGGCAGCCCCGGCUAGGCAGUGCAGACUGGCUGAGCUGCAUAUACACAGGGCUGAGGGUGGCAGAGGCUGUGGGUGUUCAGGAUCAGGUCUCUGACUAUAGCCUUGGGGGUCAGUGAGAAGAGGAGUGAGUAUGUGGCUCCGGGAAGGCUCUGUGAUCAGUGAUCCCUUACAAUCUGCCUCGAGUUAGCGCUCCUGGGGAUCUCAGCAAGAGAACUCAGUGAGUGAUGUGUGUCCGUGUCAGGCACAUGAGGUUGGCUUUGUGCUGGUCUUGGCAAAGGGACUCUUCCCUUCUGCACCUGGGGGGAUUUCCAUAUGAUAGACCCAUUUGGAAAGCUGGAAACCGAACCUCAGGUCCCCAGGGCUCAUCAGGAGCAGUUACACUCAGCAUCCAAGUAUUCCAGCCCCCCCCCCACACGUUGGCCAGCCCCUCCCCACUCUAGAUAAGCUGCUGGAUCCCUAUCAUCUCUGGCCGUCUCCACAUGGCCCUGACAUGACAAGGACACUCUUAAAGCCAAUGUUCACAGCAUCUCUAAUGACUGAAAAAGUCUAAAAGAAGUUUCUCGUUUCAAGGUCCCUUAGCACAGUUAUCCAGGGCCCUGACCUUCAUCCAGGCAUCAAGAUUCAGGGCUCAUGCUGGCAGUAGUGUGUGCACCUGCCAGCCAGUGUGGGCCCACCUGAAAUUGAGAAUCCACUCAUCACUGGGGUCAGGUGCCAUAUGGGUAAUUACCAUCAUGCCUGGCAACCCUCAUCCCCAGAACCUAAGGUAAUAGUCCUUAGCAUAGGGUCUCAGAAAACCUUACCUAUGAUGUGUAGGGUAAGACUUACUUCCAAGAAUCCAGAUCAAGGUGACCACCUCAGACCAAGAUUAAACACUAACCGGAAAGCAGGUGGCCUGUGCUGUACCGGGUGGACCUUGGAGGCAGGAGGCUGAGGCCCAGGGUGGAGAGAAGGGUGCUCUCAGCACGAUCCACUUGGGCAUUCAUGACCCACUCAAAGGAAGGAAGGAGCAAGUUGCUUAAAUAUCUUGGUUCCCAAGGGCCACACAGCCACACAGCCCCCAGCAGGCAGAGAGGUGGUCAGGCCUGCCACGCUCAUUCAGGUCAGCCAGCCUGAAGCUAAGGCCUUGGAAGAGUCCGGCUCCACCCAGCAUGUGGGUGUCUGAGGCCAGCCAACCUACAGAGCACCUGUGCCUGGGUCGGGGUGUAGAAAGGUUAGAAGCUCUAGUGCCCCCAUACACACCAUUCAGUGGCCAUUCCAGACUGGCCCAGUGCUGUCCUGGCAUUGUCUGGGAACCAAGAUGGGCUCUCAGCUGUUGUGGGAGGUCCUGAGCCAGAACCUAGUAAUCAGAGCUGAUGGACCAAGAAAUCCAUCAGGAAUUUCUCAUGUCCUCCUUGCCAAGAUUAUCUGCAUAUCAUGUCAUCUGAAAGUCAUUCUUCCAACAGCUGUGACGUGGAGGGAUGAGAUGGGGACUGGGGCUGGGUUCACGUCAUCAGGCAGAAGCAAGUCUUCCUAGGUAAGGCCUGCUUCCUACUAAGUGCAGAGAGUGAGGUGGAUCCAGAAAACCACCUGCACAGACAGUUUGGUUUUGACACUUGAUGCUGCUCAGGCUGUGAUGUCAACUUAGUUUGGGCUAGUCAUCUUUCCUGGAGAGUGUGGGCUGUCCUAGUACUGUGCUAGGUUCCUGUGGGACGCCGCUAGUACCCAGAGAGCUCAUCUAAGGCCUUUUGCUCCAAGCAGUCGUGCUGACAUCUUAGUCAGCACACACAAAUGACAGCUGUAUUAAGUGACCCUCCUCAUCUAUCCUGGGCCCUGGGGACCCCUGGGUAUCUUGGGAUUACUGACUGUGGCUGAUGUAACACAUGUGAGCAAGGCUAAGUGUUGGUCCUUUGCCCUACCCAGCAUGGGGACCUCAAAAGAUACAUUCCUUUACCCCUGGGACUGGAGCCAUGCAGUCCUCCAGGAUGGACAGAUGUUGUGGCUGACCUGAGUCUCUCCUUGAGCCUGGACCUCCUGUAGUUUGUCUAUACUGAGGGGCCCCUGCAACUCAGAGGCUGUGUCCCUAACUUGUACAUAUGUGAUUGCUGUGGGCACCCCCUGGUCCCCAUGUCAUAACCACCUGACGUAAUGACUAGUAUCCUGCUGUUUACAUCUGAGUGUUAGCUGUAGGCUCUUGUACUGUUUGUGUGCACUUAGGGCUCUGUCCAAUUAAGAAAUAAACGUGGCUCUCAUGCGACACACA